AAAAUAUAAAUUCAAUAAUAAUUGAUUUUAAAUUUUUUUUUUUCAAAUUAUGUUUAAACAAUAGUGUAAUUGACAGACAAAUCACUCCAAAGUCUAAACUGAAUAUAUCCCCUUUGUGCUUCUCCUAACUGUGAAGAGGCUUUAUGGCCCAAUAAAUAUGUCAGCCUGUUGAUAAAGCUCGGCCCAGUAACGAAAAGCUGCUUCGUGACCCAGUAGUGAAGGAGCGGCUUGCGUCAAGAGACGUUACCGAACGCAACCCUUCACUUCCCCCACCCACCCACACCAUCUUCCUCUUUUCCCCCACAUCUGUAACAUUUAUUUAUUUUCUACUGUCUCAACUAAAUUUUUCUAUUUAAGUAAAAAUAAUACUAAUCGAGUGUCUGCCACUAGAAAUUGAAAUAAAAUUCCCCCAUGAUUUUAUUUUUCUUCUCCAUUUUUUUCGUACACGAUAAAUAAUAUAAAUCGAAAUUCCCAAUCCUUCAUCUUCCCAAUCUCUCUAAAACCCUAGACUCACUUUCAACUCAAGCAGACAGGACUUUAAAACCACAUCCACUCUUGUUUUUAUUACCGGAGAAGAAAUAAUUUCAACUUUUAUUUUUGGUUGUGUGUUUUUGUUUUUCUCUUUGGAGCGAUCGAUUCUGUAACCAUCACAAUGUCGAGUUCAAUCGCAAGAACAGCGAUUCGUGGUGAGAAUCGGUUCUACAACCCGCCGGCCAUGAGGAGGAUGCAGCAAGAGGCGCAAUUGCAACAGCAGUUAAGGGAGAAGCAAGGAGAAGUGGAUAACGAGCCUAAGGCAAAGCUGCCGCAGCCUCUUCGUACCCGGAAAAGUCAUGGGAAGAGCAAGAAUCGGGUUGUUUCCUCCGGGUCUGAAGUAUCCGUAGCCUCAUCUGAAUCUUCCGGGUCGGGUCGGGUUCAGAGAGAAGCCUCUAACUUGGAUCGGUUCUUGGAACACACCACUCCCUUUGUCCCUCCCAGGUUUCUUCCCAUGAGGAGCAAACGGGAACUUAAAACCGGUGAAUCGGAGAGCAGUUCAUAUUUUGUACUCGAGGAUCUGUGGGAGUCGUUUGCGGAGUGGAGUGCGUACGGUGCUGGUGUUCCUCUCCAUAUGGAUGGGAGUGACUCCACCGUGCAGUACUAUGUGCCUUAUUUAUCCGGCAUUCAGUUGUAUGUAGUAGACCCAUCUAACAAGGCCAGAAAUAAAGUUGAAGAUAAUGAAGGAAGCAGCCACAGUAAUAGUGGUAAGACUCUGCAGAGUGAGGUGGACUUGAGUGUCAGCGAACUGAAUAGAGUCAGUCUUGGAGAUCAAUCUGGAGAGACUGAGACCAGCAAUCCUCAAGGACGGUUACUAUUUGAGUACUUGGAGUAUGAACCUCCCUUUGGCCGUGAACCUCUCGCUAACAAAGUAUCAGAUCUGGCUUCAAGAUUCCCUGAGCUAAUGACAUACAAGAGCUGUGACCUUUCUCCAUCAAGUUGGGUCUCUGUGUCAUGGUAUCCAAUAUACAGAAUACCAGUUGGUGCAACACUACAGAACCUUGACGCAUGCUUUCUAACUUUCCACUCUCUCUCAACACCCCCACCUCCUCUAAAAGCAGGUGCCUUGGAGGCAUCCGUGAAGCUACCGUUGCCUACUUUUGGACUCGCUUCUUAUAAGCUUAAACUAUCUGUGUGGAACCAAAACAGAGCUCAAGAGUGCCAAAAGAUAUCUUCUUUGCAAGACGCUGCAGACAAAUGGCUUAAGUGUCUGCAAGUUAAUCAUCCGGACUACAAAUUCUUUACCUCUAACAUCACACAAACGAGGUGAAAAAGGUGAAAAGCUGCUUUGGCUCUGGUCUGAUUCAAAGACAACCCAUUUAUGAUAUCUACUCUACUCUACUUCACGUUAUAAAAAUUCUCUGCUUACACCAAAGUAAAACCAAGUACGUACUGGGUAAAAGACUCUUGCGUGUUUUUCAGGCGAUUUAAGAGUCUCGCUGUUUCAUUACCAGAAGAUGCUUUGUGAAUUGUAGCCUAAGCUUUCAUUUGUUCUUCUUCUGCUGAAACUAGUCUUUUGCUUUUUCCAUAUAUAGUGAUGAAAUUUGUUGAGGAGUGAUACUUGUAAUGUUUAGAUGCAAAUCUUUUUUUUGUGAUACAAUUUGAUUGCUGAACUGGAACACAGCUUGGCUUAUAUAUCAAUUUGUUGGAGGCUUCUAGCU